CUAGCCGAGCGCGCAAAGCAGGUGCAGGCGAAUGAACGCGAGGCCGAGAUGUCGGGGGCCCUGCGGGAGCUGGCGCCGGCCGUCCUCCACUGCGGCGCCGCUGCGCUCCACGGGCCCAGCGGCGGCGUCAGGCACCUGCACUUCCGCAUGGUCAACAGCGCCAUGCCGUUGGAUCGGCGCGUGCGGUUGCUGCGCGACGACAGCCAGGGCAAGCGGCGCGUUUUCCUCCUGGCGGUGCGGAGCUUCGCCCAGGCUGCUGGGCGCGGCGUCUAUAUGUCCGACCUGAAGCUGGAUAACUUGGCCUGGGAUUCCGAAGGGGAGCGCGUUCUCUUCCUGGACGCGGGCGCCUUCCGCCUGACGGGCGCGCGCAAUUUUCCGAGAAAGAGGCAGCUACAGAGCUCCUUGGCCGCAGCCGAGAUUUGUCUUGAUUGCCAGACGCUGCUGGAGCUCCACAACCUGCUGUCGCACGGGGAGGACCCUGACAUUGUGGCACGUCGGGUUGCCAAUGCGCUGAGCCGCGGCUUUCGGCUCGGCUCGGCGCCCGCCCAUCUGAACCUGUGGGCGCCGCCCUCGCCCCCCGCGGCGGACGAGGACCUGCGCGAUGAGCGUGAGCGGCGGCGGCCGCGCCGCUACACCACCAAGACCAGUCGCGCCGUGGCCUGCGCCGCUGGCGUGGCCGCCGCAGGCGGCGCCAAAG